AUGCAGCUGUAUCUAAUUCGCCAUGCGGAAACAGUACAUAAUGUUGGAAAAGUCCUGGCGGGCACCACCGAUUCGGCACUGACCAACCAUGGGAUGGCUCAGAUCAAUUGCCUUGCUCAGCAUUUCGUCUCCAAUUCAACUAAAUUCAUGACGGUGUUCUCUUCAGAUCUGAGCCGAGCAAGAAUCACAGCCGAGGGGGUCUGCCGUGCACAAGUUCCACCCGCGGGUGAAACACCCUUGCAACCGAUAUUGACACCGAAUUUAAGAGAGAAAGAUUACGGAUCGAUGGAAGGCUGCUUCUGGAAAACCCCUCCUCCUUUGCCAAGGCCGCGAGACUGGGUCAUCCCUGAGACAAAAGCGUCGAUGAGAAAGAGAGCUCAAGACUUUUUCGACGAACAGCUGCUUCCAAUACUGAUGCGUGACCCACACGGUCGACAAAACAUCGCAGUUGUUGCCCACGGCAUCAUGCUCCAAGAGCUAUGGACAUAUUUUAUUGGGAUUUUCAACCCAGCAGACACCAACAUGACUACGCUUCAUACGAACCCUGUCUGGUCAAACACCGGCUACAUGACGAUACUGAUUACUCCAAUCCCGACAGAAAGGACCAUGCUGCCUAAUGUUGUGCCAAACUUCACAUUUGUUGUCCUGAGUAUUGACGACAAGAAACAUCUUGCCAACCUCCAUCGAACUAGGGGUGGUGUCGGAGCCGCCGCUCAUGACAUGAAACAAAGAAAGAUUGAUCAAUUUUUCCGAUGA